AUGACGACAACUGCUCAUGAUUUACCCAAACAGUCGCAGAGACAACGUUCCAAAAGAAUUGAAUUAGCCAUUGUUCCCGGAAGAAGUUUAGGACCUUUCAGAUUAGGUUCUUCGCUUUGGGAUAAUUUAAACUUUUUGUUAGACAAGUCUCAAUACUUUCCUUCAGUUGAACUAAAAUAUAGCUCAGAGGACCCAUUAUUAUACGACUUUAUCAUUGCGCUACCAUAUAAUGGUCUUCAUUUAAGGUAUGAUGGAUCGCUACAAAGGCUAAAGUCUAUCGAAUGUUAUGAUCCUUCAAAAGUCAAAUUAGUCUAUCAAAAUAACGACGUAAGCUCAAGUAGAACCAUACCGACAUUUUUACUGAUAUAUAAGUCAUUUGGACCGACCUACCCUGGCGAGUUUGAUGCUAGUCAAAGUGUAUACACGUUGAAAUAUCCUGGUUUAGCCUUUACGUUUCCUAUACCCACCAAACAUACGAGUCUGUAUAAAUCAUCAUCGGAUUUGCCACUCGAGUUUCCUGAUGGUACGACACCGAUUGCUUCAAAAGUCAUACUUUACAGUAACAGUAACACAUGGCAACAAGCAUCUACACCUUCUUUACCAAAGGUCAUUGCCGAAUCGAAUGCUAGCAAAUCUACAAGAUAUGGUAAAAUAGAACGAAGAGAAGUUGAAAGUGUCAUUGUCAAGCCGGAUAAAGGCAUCACAUUGGUCUUUCCGACCAUAAGUCAUUCUGAUACAGGAGGGACCAACAAAAGAAGUAGUCAGAGUGUUGCUGAUGGUAGCAGCAAUGCUGAUGAUGCCGGCAGCGAUAGCAACAGUAGCGAGGGCGGUGUAAAUAAAAACAGCAUCAGCAACACAGUCAACACAUUUAUCCAUAAUAGGACUGUGUCCAUUCAGCUGCAUGUGUCUACGCCACAAGAUAUUUUGGCAGAAUUAGGCAAACCAUCGAGGAUCUUUUAUAAAGAGGAAGAUAAGAUGAAAAUACACUCAAACUAUGAUCAUCACAACAACUCUUUUACUUCCAACACAUAUCCUUUUGAACUAAAUACAACCGAGACAGCAACACUGACAACAGCGACAACGUUAGAUGAUAAAGGUGUUCAGCCAACAGAUUAUUUCUUUAAUUACUUUCAUUUGGGAAUAGACAUUUUAAUAGAUGGGGCAUUACAUGUGUGUAAAAAGAUUGUUCUUCACGGCAAUAUACCUGGUCACUAUGAUUUCCAAAAGUAUAAACGAUGCCCCUUUCAGAUCACUUUUCCCAAGAAACAAAAGAAAAACAAAAAGGACACAUCCAUUCUAGUAGAUGUUUAUGUUGAAGAUGAGGAAAUUAUUACUGCUGAUAUGAAGAUACAAACUAUACAAGAACGUAUUCCCUGGAAUGAUAGUAACAUAAUCAAGGAAAAUGGACAAAAGAAGCCAGUGAUCCUUACACGCGGAUCGAGUGAACAAAAUCCAUUUGGAUCCACUUACUUGACUGGAAAUGAUCAAGGGAUUGUCAUGGAAGUCAUGAAGAAUGGCUGUGUGCCUACCGUUGUUCUCUUUUAA